AUGCCUCCCCGCAGCGGCGUGCUCCAGGUGGUGCUGCAGGCGCCUCCUACGUCUGCUCGGCCCAAGCCAGAGCCGGCUAAGCUUAGCAAAAAGGAAACCCAAAUCGCCGACCUUCAAGAAAAUAUCAAAUCUCAACAAGCAGAAUCUUCCAAGGACAAGGAUGAACUGACCAGUGCCUUAGCAGCAAUAGAAAAAUUGAAGGGGAGUUUCAAAAACGAACGGGCAGGCUGGGCUACAGAAAAAUCAACUCUGCUGAAGAGGGAUGAGGAUGCUGAAGCGGCCCUUAAUCCGGUAGUAGAGGAACUGACUGGCUUGAAGCAGCAAAUAAACGCCAUGACUGCUGCUAUUUUUGGAAGCCAUGUUACUCAUCUUGGCUCAGAUAUGCGCCAAAAACUGAAAGCCGCCUAUACACUUAUAGAGCAGCUAUAUACCGGCGUGCAACAGGUUAUCUGCACCACUUCUUAUAACAAAGUGCUCCCAACCUUGAUCAAGGAGUCAUUGGAGAAGCUGGCCAUGAUACCUGCACGACUUGAAGAGCUAAAGAAAUCAGUUGCCAGGGCGGGUGCUCUUACUGCACUAACCCGGGCUAAAGCAUGGAUAUCUGAUCUUAAUCCGGCCGAUUUAGCAAACGUCUAUCCAAGCAUAAAGGAGGACGGGUCAGAAUUUGAUGUUGAUGCCCUAGGAGCCCUAACAAGGGAAAUGCGCCCAUUGGCUAGCAAAUUGGCUGAAGAGACCAAUCUUUCACAUUAUCAGCCAAUUUAUGAUGCCAACAACAAGAGAGUUAAAGCGCCAACUCAUGAUGUUCCAGAACUUAUUCCUCCAAUCCGUAAGCACACCUAUGCCCCUGAUGUUGACCCCUCCACACUCAUAAGUGAUGAAACUGUAUUUAAAUCCUUAACGGAGAUCGAUUGGACAAACAUUGACUUCCAGCCACUGGGUAGAUAAGAGGAAGAUGAACCGGCACGGGAUGAUCCACAACCGUCAAGUCAGCCAGGCCAAGAUUCAUAAACCGGGGCUGGUUUUGUCAUCUGAUUUCUCCGUGACUUAAAAACAAUUAUUCUUUUGGGCACCAAGCGCCUUGUAAUAGGCUAGCUUGAAACUCUUAUUCUGCUAUGCCAUCAUGCAUAUUUGCUGUGCAUGACACUGUUCA